CACUCAGCUGCUGAAGGACUCCAACAGAGUCAUACUUGUCUCCUUCCACAUCGUCCCAUCUUGACCGCUUUGUUUUCAUUGACGAAGCUCUUUACCACAAUAUCUGUCCCAACUCUUUGCAUAGUAUCUCUUAAUCAUGGGCUCUUCUCACUGAAGUCUCACGGCCGAGCUCGGCUGUGUGAAUCAUUUGGUCAUCCUCGGCUUCUAGGAUUGUCAUUGAGGUAUUCAGUAACCCGCACUUGAGACUCAUUCAUGAAUUCAACAUGGGCCAGAAGAAGCCCCCACAGCAAACAAAGAAGAAUGGAGACACCAGCUUUCCCGGCCUUGGACCAACAGGCCCGGAACCUCACGCUAAGACUCAAUAUGAGGAGCUUCAGCAGAACGAGGUUAUGGUCCUCAAAGCCAUUUAUGGGGACGACUUUAUAGAACACAAGGCUACGCAUAGUGCCUGGAAGAAAUCUGAGCCCUGCUUCGACAUCAGGAUCAAGGCUUCAUCUGAUGAAGAGCUUGCUGUGACUCUAGGGGUUGUCCUAGUGGCAACAUACCCCAAGUCACCUCCCUUAUUAACUAUCACACAUGACGAGGGCUUGCGUGAGUCUACAAAGUUCAAGAUACAGAAGUUUGUGGAAACCCAGCCCAAGCUAUUUUCUUCCGAGGAACAGGAGAUGAUGGACCGCGUUGUCGAGGGCAUCCGAGAGAUAUUGGAAGAUGCUGCUCAGAUCAAGGCUCAGGGGCUAGAACUCCCAUCUCUUGAGGAGGAGAGGGCAGCCCAUGAGGCGAAAUUGGCCAAGCAGGCGCAGGUCGACAAGGAAAAAGAGGCGAAGAAGAAGCUGGAGGAGACCAAGGAGGAAGAGCGCGUUCUUGGUGACAUGCUGCAGGAGGAGCUUAAGCGCCAGAAAUACAAGGCUAAAGAGUCGAGAAGGAGGAACAGAAGCCACCAUCUUUCCCCCGACCGCUCGGCCGAGGACCCCAGGGAUUCGAGUGAGGCCAUUGUCUUCGACCAGCCCUGCAAAAUGGUCGAUGUGUCCGGCAGAACCGUCCUUUUCCAGACCGUCAUAGGAAAGACAAUCUUCCGCAAGGGACCCAUCACGACAGUCUACAAAGUUAAGCCAGUUUUGUCGACCGGCGAGCUGCGACCAAGUCUCGCAUUGAAACAGGCCGAACUCAGUUCAGACGGGAAGGAGUCGGUACAAUUCAAGAAGCAGCUCCAGUCUGUUGAGAGCCAGCUUGAAUCUCUAAAGAAAAUUCGCCAGAGGAAUAUCCUCGAGGUUCUUGACUUCAGAAUUGACCGAGAGACAGGUGAAGCAGCAUCGUCCUCAUCCUCGUCCUCGCCAACCUUCUGGACCGUCAGCGUGCUCACUCCCAUCGCCGAGAAAGGCCCCCUCGAUGAACUCCUCGACUUGGCAGGACACGUUGACGUUGGGAAGGUGAGAUCAUGGACGGCGGACCUGCUUGAGGCAUUGGGCUUCCUGCACAGCCACGGCAUUAUCCAUCAAGAUAUCCAUCCCGGGAAUAUCCUCUUGUGCCGAGAGGUGACGGGUGAUAUUGUGCCCAAAUUCGCGGAUGCAGGGUAUCAGAGGGAGUUGCAUAACAUCUGCACCAAGGUCCAGACCUUGACCUCUACUCGUGCAGCCAAAUCAGCAUACUGGUUUCCGCCAGAGAUUGCUGGCGUAUCAAGGCCUCAAUAUACACAGAAGACAGAUGUCUGGGAUUUUGGAAUAGUGUUCCUUCAGAUGAUAUUCGGCCUGGACGUCCUGGAGAAGUACCACUCGCCCGCAUCGCUGAUAGACUCGCUUUCGCUCUCCGAUCCGCUGCUUGAACUCGUCUCCAGAUUUUUCAAGGCCGAUCCCAAGCGACGACCUCGAGCCUUCGAGUUGACCUCGAGCGAAUUCUUGGCGACAGAUGCCCCUGUUCUGGUUGAGGACGACUCGGCGGUCGCGUCGGGGUCGUUAAUGUCAUUGCCCCAGACCCUCCCGCAGAGAUUGAGGCACGAUUCUACCAGCCGCGGCCUGAUGUCGUCCAGGUACAGGGAGGACUUUGUGGAGGAAGCCCGCCUUGGAAAAGGAGGCUUUGGAGAGGUCGUCCGGGCCCGCAAGAAGCUCGACGGACAGAUCUAUGCCAUCAAGAAGAUCACGCAGAAGUCUCAGGCAACUUUAUCAGAAAUACUGAAGGAAGUGCGCCUCCUUUCCCAGUUAAGUCAUCCUGCAGUGGUCAGGUACUAUAAUACCUGGCUCGAGGAGAUUCCCGACUUCUCGGACACCGAAGGCGAGACUUCGACAGAGGGCAUCGCAACGGAGGAUUCGAGAGGAACAGUAUCCCAAGAUAUUCACAUCGAGUUUGGCCCGAGCACUGGCGGGCUGGAUUUCGUGUCUUCCAGUGGCUAUCCGCACAUCGAAUUUGGCUAUGACGAGUCGGGCACCGAAGAGGAAGACGACCACGCCAAUGGCGACGACGACGAGACGUCCGGCUCGGAAGACGCGUCGGACACCGGCGACAACCCUCGGCCAAAAAGCCAGCUCACCGCAUUUGGCCGCAAUCGGCGAGGAAGCACCCGGCCGUUCAGGACUGUGCUGUAUAUAUCCAUGGAAUAUUGCGAGAAGCGGACCUUGCGGGAUUUGAUUUCUAGGAAUCUGUCUAAAGAGACUGACGAGAUCUGGCGACUCUUCCGCCAGAUGCUUGAAGGAUUGGUGCAUAUCCACAGCUUGAAUAUUGUCCACAGAGAUCUCAAGCCGGAAAAUAUCUUCAUCGGAGUCGGUCCGGACGGGGUCAAUAAUGUCAAGAUUGGCGACUUCGGUCUGGCAACCAGCGGCCAGCUAGCUUCAGAUAGGGCUGGAGCUCCUAACAUGGACUCCAGUGAUAUGACAAGAAGCAUCGGCACGUCCGUCUAUGUAGCCCCCGAGGUGAAGUCUGGCGGGAGCGGAUCGUACACCGCCAAAGUGGAUAUGUACUCCCUCGGCGUCAUCUUCUUCGAGAUGUCCUAUCCCCCGAUGUUGGGCAUGCAGCGCGCCUUGGUCCUCGAGGAUAUCCGACGCUCUCCACCAACUCUCCCUUCUGAUUUCAGACCGGCCGAGAAGACUCGGACCGAGAUCGUUCUCUCGCUGCUAACCCAUAGCCCCAAGGAGCGGCCCUCAAGUUCCGAACUCCUGAAGAGCGGGAAGCUACCAAUCCAAAUGGAGAGCGAGACAGUCAGGCGUGCGCUUGCAGGGUUGGCUGAUCCAAGCUCUCCGUACUACCAGAAGAUGCUUUCCACUCUUUUUGCAAGGCGAGUCGAGCAAGCAAAGGACUACGCCUGGGACAUGUCGGGUUCCGCCUCCAGCUCUAAUGAGUUGAUGCGUCAGUACGUCGUCAAAGACACUCUGGUCUCCAUCUUUCGCCGGCACGGUGCUGUCGAGGUAUCGAGGGCUUGCAUCUAUCCGCGAUCCUCUCACUAUGGCCAAAAUGCUGUCCAGUUGCUAGACCAAAACGGUAACUUGCUCCAGUUGCCGUUCGAUCUGAUGAUGGGACACGCGCGGAGUCUGGCGAGAAUGACGACCGGCCCAAUCGUACAGCGAUCGUACUCCUUUGGGAACGUGUUUCGAGACCGACACGGUGGGGGCCAGCCUGUCAUGUUUGGAGAGGUGGACUUUGAUAUCGUCACCACGGAUGCUUUGGAUCUGGCCCUGAAGGAAGCCGAGGCGAUCAAGGUCUUGGACGAGAUAACCACAGCCUUUCCGACCACUUCGUCGACCCCGAUGUGCUUCCAUGUUGGGCAUUCGGAUCUCCUGCAUCUGAUUUUCGAACACUGUGGAGUUGAUGUUCGCUCUCGGCGUGCGGUCGCAGAAGUUCUCAGCAAACUCAAUGUGCGGAACUUCACCUGGCAAAAAGUACGCGGAGAACUCAGGUCUCCAUCGGUGGGUGUUUCGACAACGACAAUUGAUGAACUGCGGAGGUUCGAUUUCAGGGACAGCCCGAGCAAGGCGUUUUCGAAGUUGAAGAGCCUCUUCGAAGGUACAGACUGCCAGCAAAAGGCAUCCUCAACGUUGGCGCACCUCAAAGAGGUUUACGAGUACUCGAAGUGGUUGGGAGUAACGAGAAAGAUCUACAUCAGUCCGCUUAGCAGCAUCAACGAGGCCUUUUUCUCCGGCGGGAUCCUCUUCGCCUGCCUCUACGACAAAAAGGUUAAGGACGUGUUUGCUGCGGGCGGUCGUUACGAUAGUCUGAUCAAGGAGUACCGCCCCAAGAUUGGAAGUCAUUUCGAGGAGCGCCACGCCGUUGGCUUCAGCCUGAACUGGGAAAAGCAGCUGGCUCAACCCAUCCCUAAAGGGGCAGGGAAAGCAUUCCUGAAAAGGGCGGAGGAAGAACCGCAGAACCUUUUCAGUGCCAGACGAUGUGAUGUCCUCGUAGCGAGCUUUGAUCCUACCAUUCUCAGGUCUUCGUGCAUGGGGCUCUUGCAGGCUCUCUGGAGCCACGGAAUCAGUGCCGAGCUAGCCAGGGAUGCCCGUUCGCCGGAAGACCUCCUUACCCAGCACCGUGACGAGAACUAUUCCUGGAUCGUCAUCAUGAAGCAAGACAACACACUCAAAAUCAAGACGGUGGGACGCAAGGAAGUGGCGGAUGCCGACAUCCCUGCAAGCCAGCUCCUCUCCUGGCUCAAGUCCGAGAUCCGGGAACGCGACCCCCGGACGCUAGGCAGACACCGUGGCACCGUUACGCAGAGCGAAACGACGCCCAACGCGGCCGAAGUCGAGACCGAGCAGGACGUCAGUGUGCUCGUCUCCCAGACGAAGAGCAAGAAGUUCAACCGGCAAGCCGUGGUGGAGCAGGCCCAGGCCUCGGCUCAGCGCCUGGUCCAGAGCUUCCUCGAGGGCCCCAUCGCGGCCAUCGAGACGACGGACGGCGUCAUGGACAUGGUGAGGGGAACGAGCCUGUCGGACCCGGAGAGCUGGAAGAGGGUGGAGCAGGGGGUCACGACGGCGGAGAAGAAGUAUGUCAAGGAAAUCCACAGCAUGUUGAAUGCGUGGCGGUGGGAAUGGGAGGCUAAGAAGGGUGCACGACACGCCUUUGUCUACAACUUCAGGACGGGGAAUUGCCUCUAUUAUGAUCUUGGGGCCUAAUGGUGGGCUCAGUGUGUUUCUGGACGAAGAGCUGUCAUGAAUUGAGGGCCGAGUUCUGUUUUGCUUAUUAUCUUUGGUUCUCUCUCAGGUGGUUGGACAGCAUUGAAUGGCAGAGAGGUACCUAGAUAGACACUAGACUGAUGUCUAGAACUCUAGAUGAUUCGAUACCUAUUCCCUUGCUAAAGUUCUCAGGGUAGAUAACAAGAGGGAAAAUCCAUCAAUCUCCCUCAAUCUUCAUGAUCCCUUAUGGCG